AUGCCGUCAGGCCUCGCUGCCGACUUUCUCCCGCACGGCGUCGCCCACACCGAGGACCACGGCGCGUCCUCAACCGGGUCGUCCAAGGGCAUGGCCUCGCUCACUUGGUGGGUCGUCAAGAGCGUGCCGUGGUACCUGUGGGCCAUGUAUGCGCUGUACCUGUACGGCCGGCACGUCCGCGGCAAUGGCAGGCGCGACGAGCGCACCAAGUCGAGACGUCCUCUUCCUGCGUCCGAGAACGCCCCUCGCCGACCUGAACUGCCUUCGCGAGAUGUUGUCUACCGUUCUGGGUCACCGCUCGCCAUGCCGCGCCCGUCCUCGCCUAGCGUCGAGCGCCGCGGCAGCUACCGCCGGUACUCGAACAGCUCGAUGCCCAACAUGGAGGAGCGGCCGAGAGCCAGCUCGGGCCUGAGAAACGCCUACACGCCCUCGCGCUCGUCGCUCUCGUCCCCUCGUCCCCCUCCCUCGAUCGAGCCACUCCAGCACCAAGAGCCGCACGCCUACUCGACCUCGGCCCUACCACGCUCCAACGCCGUCGCCAGCACCUCUGCCCUGCGCAACGCCUACCCGUCGUCGUCCGCCCCUGUCGUCCCGACCGUCUCGUCCUCGAGGGCGCAGCAGCGCAAGCGCGCACACGACGACGACGAGUCGGGCGAGGCCGAGAAGCGCUCUCGCGUCGACGACAACGGCGCGUACGACUUUGCCCAGACGGACGACGACGAGCCGACGAGCAUGCAGCUCGACAGCGACCACGCCGACGAGGCGCACGAGCCUGUCGCCGUCGCCGCGCUCAAGCGUGGAACCAAGCGCCGAGACGCCGCACGCGACGACGAGGUCGAGUCGAAGCGCACGCGCACGAGGGCGCCCGACGUGACCGUGCCGGGCUCGUCGCGCGCUCCGCAGCAGCAGCAGCAGGGCGGCAAGAAGCGUCGCGCGUCGUCGUCGGGCUCGUCGCGCCCCUCCUCGCCGGCAACGUCGCCGAGGGCCGAGGGCCACCAGCAGAAGAAGAAGAAGGCGCGCAAGGCGGCGAUCGGGACGGGCAGCGUCCGCGACAAGCGCGCCAUCGACGACACGUCGUUCGACGCCGAGGUCGACGACGACGCGCUCGACUUCAGCGACGACGACGCCGCCCACGAGCGCAACGCCGACUCGGACGUCGAGUCGGGCGACGAGCGCGAGGCGGCGCGCGAGCAGGAGCACCGGUCGGGCGACGACGGCAAGCCCGCCGUCGCCGGCCAGGUCAAGCGCUUCCGCUCGCGCCGCGACCGCAGCGGGUCCGACAACGACGACCUCAUGGGCGACGUCGAGCCCGCGUACGGCUCGUCGACGGCCGUGUCGAGCGCGUCGUCCUCGGCGCCCAAGAGCGGCGGCGCCCGCAACGCCCGCCUCGGCCGCCUCCUCGCCAAGCAGUCGCGCCCGUCAGUCUCGUUGUCGAGGACGCCGCAGCGCGCCCGUGGCGGCGACCGCGACCACAAGCGCGACGUGUCGCCGACGCCGUCGAACGAGGACGUCGAGCUCGCCGCCGCCGCCGAGUCGGGCACGCCGCGCAAGCCCGGCGACGAGUGGACGUCGUUCGAGGGCGACCGGUACCGCAUCGACGCCGACGGGACGCAGCGUCGCCUGUGCGAGGUGCGCGAGAAGCGCCUCAAGUUCCGCAUGCCCAAGGACUCGAAGCACCCGGACGCGAGGGCCACCCACGUCGUCAUUGUCGAGCGCUGGUUGACGGCCGACCAGUACGAGCAGGCGUUCGAGCACCGCAAGCUCGCGUGGCAGACGACAUUCGAGGAGGAGGCGCGUCAGCAGCGCAUGCUCGAGGACGAGUCGGCCGCCGCCACCGCCGCCGCCGGGCCCGACAGCCCUGCCGCCGCCGCGGCCGCCGCCGCCGCCUCGGCCAACGAGCACGAGCGCUCGGUCUACUUCACGCGCGGCGUCGGCACGCCUCUGCGCGCGUACCGCAACCUCGGCGAGAUCCUCGCGCGCCCGGGCUCGGCAGCCGGCGCCGCCGGCGGUGCGUCGUCGACCUCGGUGCCGGCGAGCCCGCGCGCGUCGCCGCUCCUCGCCAACGGGCGCAUGCGCCUCGCGAGCGGCGCCGGCGCGUCGUCGUCGUCGUCGAGGACGGGCACGCCGGGCAGCACGAGCCGCAAGUGGAGCGAGUACGAGGUCAAGAAGUUGCUCGAGGGCGAGGAGGCGGCGCGCGCCGAGAGGGAGAAGCGCCGGCUCGGGUACCUCGCGAUGGGUGGCGACCUGUACGAGACGGAGCAGGAGCGCAAGGAGCGCGAGGACAAGGAGCGCAAGGAGGAGCAGGACAAGAAGGCGCUCGAGCCGGCCAAGAUCAAGCUCGCCGACUACGCGGUCGCGGCCAAGGAGGACGGCAAGGUCAAGAGCGACAGCAAGCAGACCAAGAUCGCCGCACCUGCACUCGCCCUUCCCGCACCUGCGUCGACCUCGAGUGCAACCAAGCCCGCCGCGCCCAGCUUCUUCUCUGCGCCCACCACCUCGACCUCGACCUCGACCUCGUCUGCCACGCCCGCCGAGGCCAAGCCGGCCGCCGCUCCUCCCGCCUUUUCCUUCGGCGCGCCGGCCACUCCCGCCGCGGCGCCCGCCCCGUCGAUGCCGCUCUUCGGUGCGACGCCGAGUGCGCCCGCGACGAGCGAGAAGAAGGCCGACACGCCCAAAGCGGCGUUCUCGUUCGGCGCGCCGGCCUCGACUGCGCCCGCUCCGCCUGCGGCCGACAAGAAGAAGGACGAGGCGCCCAAGCCCGCCUUCUCGUUCGGCGCUCCGCCGGCAGCCGAGAAGAAGGAGGAGGCGCCAAAGCCCUCGUUCGGCUUCGGCGCGCCCGCCUCGGCGGCAAAGCCGGUCGAGCCGGCCGCUCCUGCGGCAUCGCCCUCGCCGUUCGGCGCUUCUGCGCCCUCGCCGUUCGGCGCGUCCGCAGCGUCGUCGACAUCGGCGCCGUCGUUCGGCGGCUCCGGUGCGACCUUGAGCGCACCGCCGGCAGCCUCGGCCCCGUCGCUCAACUUUGGCUCGUCCUCGACGCCCAAGCCGGCCGCGCCGCCGUUCUCGUUCGGCGCUCCUGCCGCCACUCCUUCCUCGUCGUCGACUACCCCCGCCGCCGCCGCCCCCUCUUUCACGUUCAACGCCGCGUCGGCGCCUCCUCCCGCCCCGAGCCCGGCCGCAUCCCCGUCGACCGGCUUCGCGUUCGGCCAGGCGCCCGUUGCGAGCCCCGCCGCCACAUCGACCUCGGCCGGCGGCGGCUUCAACUUUGGCGCGCCGGCCCAGGCGGCAGCGUCGUUCGGCUCGACGCCGGCGAGCCCGGCCGUGUCGGGCACGGGCUCGAUGGGCUUCAACUUUGGCGCAGCGAGCCCGGCGCCGGCUAGCCCUGCCGGGAGCGGGACGUUCUCGUUUGGCGUGAGCCCGACGGGAGCAGCUGCGCCGACGAACCCCUUCUCGUUCGACGCGGGCUCUGGCGGCGGCGGUGCGGGUGGAGCGGCGACGCCGCGCAGGAUCAAGCGUACGCCGCGCCGGCCGUGAGAGAGGAGCUCGAGGGAGUUGAGAAGGUGGAGGUGAGGAGGAGACGGGGCCCGAGCGGCAGGACACAGGGGCUUUCACUUUGCCGAACGGUGCUAUCCAUGAGCUGUGUUGUCCUUGCA